AAUCAAAACAAUCUUAUCAGCUCAUCUUCAUCCUUCGUCAGCUUCCCUAGACCACUUCACGGCUUAUUCAAUGCGUUCUCGACAUUGCUCAAUCAAAUCGUGCUAAAUUAUUUUCCUGAUAGUGCAACCGAUGCUGGAAGAAUAGGUUUAGCAUUAAUUGUAUUAGGAUUGAUCGGCUCGAUGGUUUUUGGUUAUUUACUUGACACAAGCCACAAGUAUAAAGCUACUGCUGUAUGGGUCUGUCGGCUCUCAGCAGUAACUUUAGUCAUAUUUGCACUGGCUUUGGAAAGUCGAUCCAAAAAAUUGUUGGCAGUAGCCUCCGUGUUUCUUGGCUUUUUCAUGACAGGGUUUCAACCAAUAGGAUAUGAGUUUGCAGCUGAGCUCACAUUUCCCGAACCUGAUGGGCCAGUAAUGGGUAUUUUAAAUAUUUCUACGCAGAUAUUUGGUAUAGUUAUAACAUUGAUGAUAUCCGGAAUACAAAAAAUUCUCGGAGAUCUUGUAGGAAAUAUAGUUUUCGCAGCAUUUCUCUUACUAGAUGGAAAUAUCAUCGCUCUGAUUCGAUCAGAUUUACGACGUUAUAAUACUCAUUUGGAAAUAGAAAGCGAGGCUGCGAGGGAAUUUGCUGAGGAUGCUAGUGUACGCUACGGUGAUAUCUCAAACUAUGAAGAUUCUCCCUUAAAACUGAAAAUAGAUGGCUGCAGUUGAUAGUAGAAUUUCUAGCUUUGUGUCCAAUAGUCAUCUUUAUCUAUACAGUCUGUUCCCAAGUUAGGUGGAUCUCGACAUACGCGUAUUUGGAUAUUGUGUCAUACCAGUACAAUUUGCUUCAAUAAUGUAAAGUAAAUUGCUUUUUGCAAAA